CUUAACAAAAUUUAAAAAUCCAAUCAGCUCUAAACAGCAGGGCUGAGAAGUCCAAAACAUAUAAUAACUCCUCACGACCUCAUCUUGUCCGGACUGCCGGAAAACACUCCGCUCCCAAUUUCGGCAUCUUUCUCCAGUUAGAUCGCCGGAGUUGUGCGUAUGCCAUCGUAUCCCCGCCUUGUGCGUGAAUUCAUAGCGAUCGGCAUUUUCCUUGUCGAUUGACGAGAGCAAGGUUUCGUUUAAGAAAAAAAUGGUGUACCACUCCAGUUUUGUUGAGGAAGAAGGUAUUGCUAUAGCUUGUGGAUGUCCUUUACUACCACUUAAAAGCCAUAUAAAGGGACCUGCUCCAGUGUCAGAACAGGAUAGCACAGAUAUAAUUGAUGAAGCCAUCACAUUCUUUAGGGCGAAUGUCUUCUUCAAAAACUUUGAUAUAAAAAGUUCUGCCGAUAAGCUCCUCAUCUAUUUGACAUUAUAUAUAAAUGUCGCAUUGAAGAGGCUUGAAGGCUGCAGAACAUUGGCUGAAGGAACUAAGGCUAUAAUAAACCUAGGACUUGAAAAGGUUCCUGUACCUGGGGAGUCUGGUUUUCCCUUCCCUGGUUUGUUCAGCUCACCACAAUCUCAAAAAGAAGCACAGCUAUUUCGGGAUUACCUGAAGCAAAUAAGGGAAGAGACAAGCGGGAGAUUACUAAGUGUUGCCUACCGGGCGAAUGGAACUCCGAACAAAUGGUGGUUAGCUUUUUCCAAGAGAAAGUUUAUGAACAUAACUACUUCUUGAGUCAUUCACUGAUCUUGUCAAUAGUUGCGAUAGGCCGUAAGAGUUUCCUUUUCACAUUAACUGAUUUGUUUUUCUAAAUUUUGUUCUUGUUUGUCCAUGUGUUUCGUGUAAAAAGCCGAAUCCGAGACUUUAACCUAACAUUCUUAUCAUAGUAUUGUCAAACACGAGUGAAUUGCGUAAUAUAGUAUGUAUGUACUA